UGGAGGUUAGUUGUUCGAAAGCAUUUGGUUAAGUGGUAAGACUUCCCAUCUGAAUGCUAUGCUCCCGUUUCUAUCCCAUCGCAGUUCUACGUAACGCAGAGCUCACGGACAUCACGCACACAGCAAUUGCUUGUCGUUCUCUGCAGUGUUGAUGCCCAAAUAGCCGGGCUUUAACCGACAGCGGCUGAAUGUCAACUGUUUUUCUGUUGUGCUUGUACGUAAAAGGAGUUCCGAUAGGACGAGUUGUUUUUAAAAGCUAGUUGAGAGUGGGCGACAUUGCCAACACCGUCCUCAAACAAUUGACAGUCGCAUUUGACAAUUGCCGCCACUCGCAGUAUCGCGGCAGAAACGACGCCUGUGCGACUCGUAGUGCGACCAUGACGCAAAUCGAUCGCUUAAUCGCAUCAGCCAUUUGUUUCGUCGUCGCUUCCUUGUCCUUCCGCCCGGCCAAUGGUCUCUACUCUCAAACGGCUGAUACGAUCGUCAUCAAAGCAGGAGACGUGGCAGAGGACGUCCAAUUGCACGAGACCCAUUUACUCAGCGACGAUUUCAUUCACAUGAAGGAGAGCACUUGCCUGACCAAGGACGGUGACUUGGGAUUUUGCACGUCGUUCCGCUCUUGUUACCCAGGUACGAAACGGACCCAGUUGACCUACGCCGAAAUGAAGGCCAUUGCCCUUCGCGGCACUUGCCAAUACUUGCGAGAAGACGACGGACAAAAGGCCAACGGCAUCUGUUGCCCGAAAGAUUACAGCGAUGAUUACGACGACUACGGUCUGGAUCUAGACAAUUUCUACCAAUCCGUUGCGCCGCCCAUACCAGUUUUCCCCUUCGAAGCCCAACCACCCAAUCCCAAUGUCCCACCAUGGUUGCACCCAUCUUACGGACUGCAAGACAUCAAAACCACAUCGAUGGAAUCCGAGGAAGAAUUCGAAGAGAUUGAUACCCUACGACAAUCGCUUAUUUGCGGUGCUGGACCAUCGAAAGGUUUAGAUCCAGAGAUGCACAGAGUCGUAGGAGGAACUGAUGCCGCCAAGAAUUCGUGGCCUUUUAUGGCGGCCCUCAGAUUCAGUGGCAAAUUUCUAUGCGCUGGAUCCUUAAUUUCACCGACAAAAAUCCUCACGGCUGCCCAUUGCGUGUCCGCCUUAAUUGGUCUUAGACGUCGGCUGACUGUUGACCUCGGCAUGCACAACCUGAACCCUAGCGACGCUCAAGAGACUAGAAAAGUCCGUCGAAUCAAAAUAUUUUGGGGAUACAACAUGAGGACAAAAUUUAAUAACGACAUUGCCAUUUUAACGAUGGCAUCGGCCGUGAAUUUCACGUCGACCAUAUCGCCCGUCUGUUUGCCGCCAAUGGGGACCAGAGAAAGAUAUUCAGAGAAAGCGGCGGCAGUCAUCGGAUGGGGAUCGCUAGCUUACGAGGGUCACCCGCAGCCAAAAGUUUUACAGGAAGCUAUCCUUAAGGUCACGCCAAACUCAAAAUGCAAAGAAAGUUACAAGAAAGCUGGCUUUACAAUAGCUGAUGGCAGUAUGAUAUGCGCUGCUGCUCCUGGUAGAGACGCUUGCAGAGGUGACAGUGGCGGUCCACUUAUUAUUCAAGCGACGCCAAAUUCCCGUUGGAUUCAGGUUGGCAUCGUCAGUUUCGGAAUAGGUUGCGCAAGAGCGGAAUAUCCGGGCGUUUUCACCAGAGUGUCAGCAUUCAGAUUCUGGAUUAGACUAGCGUCAGGGGUGUAACGAGAUUCACACUUCCAUGCAUUUAUAUGGGCUUUUUUUUUAAGCGACGACGAGGAAGAAAGCGAGACGAAGAAAAGAUCGCCGCCUGCUGUUCGGGGGAUCCGUAAUACCAACUAAACUUAUUUACCUGUCAUUUGACUGUUUCAUGAUUCGCAUUUCGUUCAUUGACUUGUUAAAUGUAUGAUUACACUGGUUACAACUUGAA